AUGUUGGCCUCCCCGUAUUCGUUGGCCAUGGCCGGCUAUUCUUUGCUGUUUAUCUGCCUCCAGUCGCUGCAUGUUAUGGCUAUUCCAACUCUUUCUGCGGUGGGCUCUAAGUUCUUUACUUCUGACGGAGACCAAUUCUUUAUCAAGGGUGUCGCCUAUCAAUUGGUCCCCGAAGAUCCUCUGAUCGACACCGAACAAUGCAAGCUCGAUGCUUCCUUGAUGAAGGAGCUGGGCGCCAAUACAAUCCGUGUGUACCAUGUGGACGCCGAUGGAGACCACAAGGGUUGUAUGUCGGCCUUUGCAGAUGCGGGAAUCUAUCUGUUCGUUGAUCUCGACACCUUCGAUACGCAGAUAGAGCAGACAUCGCCCCAUUGGAACAAUAACCAGUUCGAGUCCUUCAAGAAGGUCCUUGACGAGUUCCAGCAAUACGACAACACUGCGGGUGUUUUCGUCGGUAACGAGGUUCUCACUACGGAUCAGGGCUCCCCAGCAGCUCCUUACGUCCUGGCCGCAGCCCGUGACAUCAAGGCCUACCGCGACUCCAAGGGCUACCGAAAGAUUCCAGUCGGGUACUCUGCCGCAGAUAUCGCUCAGCUGCGUCCCAUGCUCCAGAAUUACAUGGCAUGCUCGAGCAAUGCCUCUGAAAGACUGGACUUCUUCUCUCUCAAUGCCUAUGAAUGGUGCGGCGAUUCGUCAUACUCUACGUCCGGCUACAGCGAGCUCCAGAAGAACGCAACAGACUACCCUAUUCCGAUCUUCUUUUCCGAGACAGGCUGUAACACGCCUGCUCCUCGUACUUUCCAGGAUCAAGCCGCUAUCUUCGGCCCUGAGAUGUCGGGUACUUGGUCUGGCGCGAUUAUCUACGAGUGGAUCGAGGAAGCGAACAACUACGGCCUCGUCAACUAUGGUCCUUACAAUCCAAAUGCCGGAACGAAUUCUAUCGUUCAGGACGGAUACACGCGACAGGGUACUCCCACGCCCAUAUCGCCUGACUUCACCAACCUGAAGUCUCAAUGGGCUACCCUCUCCCCGACGGGCGUUGCCCUAUCGGAAUACUCGGCCUCCGCAAAUAAAGUGACAUUCCCUCCUUGCCCAGCUUCGACAUCCGGAGGAUGGCAAGUCAAUCCUUCAUCCCCCCUGCCCACUCUCGGCCAGACGCUGGGCAAGGAAGCUAGUCAGCCAACGAAUACGGCUUCAGCCUCGGGCACUGGAGCCUCCGCCACAAAGACUGAUGCUAGUUCCACGUCGUCGGCCAAGAGCGGUGCUGCCAUCCGUGCCACCGUUGCUGGACCGAAUCCUGGCGAUGGCCUGGGCAGCAUUGCUGCGCUCUGUGGUCUUGUUGGUAUUGUCAGCUUCUUAUUGUAA